ACUCUAGGAAUUGUCUUUGGAGACAUUGGAACCAGUCCUCUAUAUGUGAUACGAGCCAUUCUUGGCAAUAAAGAAAUAAAUACUUUAUUGGUUUAUGGAGGGGUUUCUAGUGUUUUUUGGACAUUAACUUUCCAAACCACAAUAAAAUAUGUUUUCAUUACCUUAAAAGCAGAUAAUCAUGGGGAAGGAGGUAUUUUUGCGCUUUAUCAAUCGGUAAAAAAAUAUGGAAAAUAUUUAGUUAUCCCCACAAUAAUUGGAGCUUGCACUUUACUUGCAGACGGAAUCAUAACACCAGCAAUUUCCGUUACUUCUGCCAUUGAGGGAUUUUCUAAAAUAACACCUAAUAUACCCACAGUGCCUAUUGUAAUUGCAAUAAUUUCUGUAUUGUUUGGAACUCAAAAGAUUGGAAUCAUAUUUGGUCCAGUUAUGUUUAUUUGGUUUGGUAUGAUGUUUAUAUUUGGAGCUAUACAAAUAGCCUAUCAUCCAGAUAUUAUUAAAGCUUUAAACCCUUUCUAUGCCUUCAAAUUCAUUACAUCUUCUUUUCCCAUAAGUAUAGCAGGGAUACAAACUCAUAUACAUGGUUUUUGGCUUUUGGGUGCUGUUUUUCUUUGCACCACUGGAGCAGAGGCGCUUUAUUCAGAUUUGGGGCAUGUGGGAGAAAAAAAUAUAAAAAUAUCUUGGAUUUUUGUUAAAAUUUGUUUGGUAGUAAAUUACUUGGGUCAAGCUUCAUGGUUAACCCACAAGGGAAUAAAAAAUUUAACUACAGAAAAUCCUUUUUUUGAAAUAGUACCCCAUUGGUUUUUAAUUCCAAGUAUUAUUAUAGCAACACUUGCCGCAAUAAUUGCCUCUCAAGCACUAAUUUCUGGGAGUUUUACUUUAAUAAACGAAGCGGUAAAUUUAGGGCUAUGGCCAAAAAUAGCCAUUCGUCAACCUUCAGAGAUAAAAGGACAGACUUAUAUUCCCAGUAUAAACCUUAUUUUAUGGGUGGGUUGUAUUCUUGUGGUUUUGUAUUUCAAAGACUCUGCUCAUAUGGAAGCGGCUUAUGGUUUGGCGAUUACUUUAACCAUGCUAAUGACCACAGUUUUAUUAAUGUUUUUUUUGAGAUAUAAACUAAAAUGGAAUAAACUUUUUGUCAAUUUAAUCAUUGGUAUAUUUUUUAUUAUUGAAUUUUCAUUUUUUAUUGCUAAUCUUACUAAGUUCUCUGAAGGAGGAGUUAUUUCCAUUAUAAUCUCGGGUGUUUUUAUACUUGUUAUGUAUUUUAUCUAUAAUGGAAAAAAAGAAACCAAUGGGUUCACCCAAUACAGUAACUUGGAUAAUUAUGUAGAUUUACUCAAUGCAUUAAGCAAUGAUAAGAAUAUUCCCAAGUAUGCUUCUCACUUAAUAUACUUGACAAAAACUCAAACUUCAGAAAAAAUUGAAGAAAGAAUUAUGAAUUCCAUUUUUUCUACCACACCCAAAAGGGCAGAUGUAUAUUGGUUUCUGCACAUAAAUUAUGUUAAUAGCCCUUUUGUAUUACAAUAUAAAGUAAAAGAAAUAUUAGACAAUAAAAUCAUAAAAUUGGACAUUAAUAUUGGAUUUAGAAUCACACCAAAAUGUGAAUAUUAUUUUAAACAAAUCAUCAAAGAA